GCACGGCUUCCGGAGGAGCCGCCGCGCGGGGGGGAGGCCGGAGGGAGGCCGGGCGCCGGCGGCAGCAUGAAGCUCACGCGGCAGAAGCAUGCCAAGAAGAACAUGGGCUUCUACCGGCACAACUUCCACUUCCGCGAGCCUUUCCAGGUGCUGCUGGACGGCACUUUCUGCCAGGCCGCGCUCCGCAACAAGAUCCAGAUCCGGGAGCAGCUGCCCGGGUACCUGGCCGGCGCCACGCAGCUCUGCACCACGCGAUGUGUUCUGAAAGAACUGGAGGCACUGGGAAAAGCACUGUAUGGGGCAAAAUUAAUUGCCCAAAGAUUUCAAGUUCGAAACUGUUCUCACCACAAGGAUCCUGUGAGUGGUUCGGUCUGUUUGCUUUCCAUGAUUGAAGAAGGCAACCCUCAUCACUUCUUUAUUGCCACACAGGAUCAGGAUUUAGCAAACAAAGUGAAAAAGAAGGCUGGCGUUCCUCUCCUCUUUAUUAUUCAGAACACUAUGGUGCUAGACAAACCUUCUCCUAAAUCUUUGGCAUUUGUUCAGAAGUUGCAAACAAAUCAGCUUGUUCCAGAGCACCAAAAACAAAGUAUACUGCAGCUUAAAGAAAAAGAAGGACUAGUAAAGCAAGAAAGUGAACAGAGAAGAAAACGUAAAAGGGCAGGUGGCCCUAAUCCUCUCAGCUGUCUGAAGAAAAAAAAGAAGAAAACACAGGAAGGUCAGGAGCCUUCUGCUGAAAAGAAGAAGAGAAGAAAAAGAAAGCGAAAUAGGGUUAAAGCAGAAGCCGUGCAGUCAGUGCAGAAGAAUGAAGAAGAAUAAACCCAUAUUUGUGAACAGUGUUUGUGAACAGGACUUGACUUUGCAAAGAGAAAGAUUAAUGUGCCAUCAUGUGAAAUGGAGUUGUUAAUAUUAAAACUUGUUUUUAUGA